AUGGCUAUGACCAGGGACUAGACCCAGUAUGCUCAUUGCCUCCUUAUCACGGAACGGAUUGCCCCUCGGAGUUUGACCAUGAGGUGCCAUAUCCUAUAUCAAAUGGCCCGUCUUGUGCCACCGGAAUCGUUGUCAAGCACUCAUCGUUGACUCUCGGAGAGAAAUUCUCAUUCCCCUGACUACGAUAAUUACUUCAUAUCAUAUCAAUCCUUGCCAUGGCACCGGCCAUACUCAACUACAUCGGCUUCGGCAGCUCCUCUCCUGCGGCUCCGGCUCCUGAGGAAAAGGCCUCUGUGCGGGCACUUCCGGCACCAUGGUAUACCUCGCAGGAGAUGUAUGAGCUUGAGAGGAGAGCUAUCUUCUCAAGGAAAUGGCUCCUUACAACCCACAAGUGCCGCUUCAAGCAAGCCGGCGACUGGCUUCGCUAUGAGAUUGCUGGUUUCAAUAUUAUCAUCGCCCGAGACCGCAAUGGAAACAUCAAUGCAUUCCACAAUAUCUGCAGGCAUCGUGCCUAUCCUGUAGUGGAAGGCUCGGAAGGUACAGCUAGAAUCUUUGCGUGUCGAUACCACGGCUGGUCUUAUGGCCUUGACGGCAAGAUGGCCAAGGCUCCAGGAUAUCAAGACCUUCCUGGCUUCGAUAAAACCCAGAACAGCCUCUUCCCUAUCCACGUCCAUAUUGAUGUCAAUGGAUUUAUCUGGAUUAACCUAGACGGCAAGGCAACACCCGAGGUUGCCUGGAAUGACGACUUCGCUGGUGCUGACACUCAAGAACGCCUGAACCAAUUCAACUUUGAUAACUACGAAUUCGACCAUAUCUGGGAGAUUGAAGCCGACUACAACUGGAAGAUUGCUGCGGACAACUACAAUGAGUGCUACCAUUGUAAAACAACACAUCCAGAUAUCCCGACAGUGGCCGACCUCAACUCGUAUAGUGUCAAAGUGCAAGGGGCGUGGAUCCAACACAAUGGAGCAACUACAGCUGAGCAAAGGGAGAAGGGCCUCACUGUCUGUGCUACUUAUUUCUGGCCAAAUGCUUCCAUGAAUAUCUCGCCACACUUCUUCUUCACCCAGAGAUUCGUCCCUCGAGGACCCAAAAGCUCAUUGAUUAGGUAUGAGGUCUUCCGAAACAAGAACUCGUCCGACGAAGACUUCACCCUUAUCAAUGAUAUCUACAAGAGAAUCAUGUCAGAAGACAAAGCGCUUUGCGACCUUGCUCAGAAGAACAUCAAUGCUGGCGUCUUUGUCAAUGGUGAAAUGCACCCAACCAUGGAAAUGGGGCCUCUCUUUUUCCAAAAACUCGUCCGUGAGAACGUUCUCAAUCACUACGGGCGAGAACAGACAUCCAAACAGGAGAUAUGGCCCGCGAGGCAGACUCUUCCCACCACAGCAUUGGUGUCCAAGAAAGACGUUGAUUUCUGUUCUGGUCUUGCCUGCCAGACCAACCAGGAAGGUAUUGUCUGGUAAUCUCGGAAUCCGAGGACUUAAUACAGGUUUGAUAUGAUUUCAUGACGUUGAUGUAUAGCAUAGGUUAGCCCUGGGGUCUCACUGCAUGAUAGAAUGCAAGUCAGUAGUGCAACAUCAAAGUGGACGAGUUUUUCCGACA